AUGUCCAACGACAGAUCAGAGCCAACUGUUGCCCAGCAGGGUGAUGAGUCGCGAACCAAGCCUGAGUCGUCUACGAUAGCAACCAGCGGGAGCGCUUCUUACCCAGCUUCAGAAGCAAUCAGAAUCCCUGAUGGCAUGGCCGAACUCUGGCUCCAGUGGGCACCCGAAGAUCUCCCAGGUCCGGUCAUGAAUGAGAAGAUCAUAGCUGUCAGGCGAUUGGGCCCAAAGAGAAAUUACCUUUACUUGCUAGAAGUGGCGGAGGAAUGGUUCUGGCCUCAGCGUGUCGCCAAAGACGCGAAGGAUACAUGGAAAACGCAAAAGAACGUCGCAUCUAUGAAAGGCCAGAAUCUGGAUAUUCAGAGCAGCCUGCGCGAGUACGACUUAUUCCUGAUUCGGAUCGAUUCGGCAAAGGUGAAUCCGCUGCACGCUGACCUCGGUGUCGUCGACCGGAACUGGGCAGAGAUAGGGGAGGUUCGACACUUCAUAUCUCUUGCUCGAAAAGACAAGAACACCGAGGAAGGGAAGACUCCAAGCGCUGCUAAAGGUCAGUCUUCUAAGACGAAGAAGAGCAAGAGUUCAGCAUCUAGUGCGCCUCAAGAAACGGCAUCGAACUCCUUCAUCGCUGUGCACAUGCGAGCAGCAAGACGACCGAGCUGGUGGUCAGCCAAGCAUGAGAAAGCGUACAGCUUUUAUGAGCAGAAGCACUACGACAACGCUCAAGACCACGGCCUACGAACACCGUACAUAGUACUUGACACAGUCGGUUUCGCCAGUACUUACCCGAUGGAAUACAUCGGCAUACUACUGCGCUUUGUGCAAGACAUUGAUCCACUCUCUCCUGUCUCGGAACCAAGGAACGAGCAUGAGCCCUGGCAUAGGGAUUUCUGUCCAUCAGAAGCACACGAACGACGGCCUGUGAUAAACCCGACUAAAACGUUCAAAGUCCAGUGGGAACAACUGAAGGACAUGAGCGUCAAGAGUUUGCUUGCUAUCCCUCAGCAAGAUCGGGAAGAGAUCGUUUCAUUGAUAGUGUCCCAGGCACCACACGCGCUGCACAACGACAGUUGGGUGUUGCUUCUCGUACUCACUAUUGGGACAGAAGAGUACAUCGAGCGCUGUCUCAAAUCAGCCGAUAUCAAGGUUGAGAGCGGAUGGUAUGAACGUUCUUGCCAGAAGCUUCUUCUUCAGCUCAAACAAUCGUCCAAAGGGGAAUUAACACUCGUAGAGGACUCUGAUGUGUACACAGCAUGGAAAAGGCUGAAGCAAGGAAUCCAUCGGAGUGAUGUGUAUCCUGAGUGGCUCGAAGAAGACACUGACCAGUGGUCCGAUGGAAACAUCUUUGGCACGGAGAUGGAACCGGAACCGAAGACUACUGAGUCUCGCUCUUCGGACAUCGAUUUCGAUACUGCAUAA